CUCAGUCCACUUCUUGCAAGUUUACGGAAUACACAUCAACUCGGCCAGAGUGAAAGUGAGUGAGUGAGGUCGAGUUCAGGGGUUGACGAUGAGUGCUUCUGCGUGGUUCCUACGCUGAGGACUUAAACGAUCGGUUGGAGAACGAAACAAGCGCGCUGUUCAACAACGUUCAACAAGUUUUAAAUGGAACUUACAUGAGCCAUUCCAUUGCAUCGAUAUUUUGAUACUACUUCAGCUUGAUCAAUGCAUCAAGACAUUUUCUCCUGCAGCAGCUGUACAGUGUCGCCUACGCAUUGUGGAUUAUAACAUUAAGAUCUCGAGGAAAUAAAUAUUGGCAACACAGUUAUGCAGAUUUUGGCGCCAAGAUGAUGUACAGCAGAUGCUUCAAGCAUUUCAUCUAUGCCACAUGAAUGAGGCUUUCUGGAUAUUAUUGAUGUAUAUCGAGUAACAUCUUUUUAAGGAUUUAACCAAUCAAUCUAGAAGUUUCCAACUUCCCGAAGAAUAAUAUUCGAUUGAUCUGUCAUUUUUCAGCUUUCCCAAGAUGACCAUGCCAUCCAGACCUGUGUUGGGUAAGAUAUCACUGCACAUUUGAGGAAUAAAAUACCACUAGAUGAUUCGAAUAUUGGAUAUAAUUAUCUACAAUAACCAUUGAAAUGGCAUCUGAUCUAAUUGGUACGCCUAUAAUUCAAGGAAGGUGGAUAGUACUUCUGUGGAUGUCGAUAUGCUAUCGGAUGGAACUAGCAUCGUCGUCGUCGUCGUCAUCGUUUAUUGCUCGACCCGGUGCCAUCAUCUACAACAGACAACAAACAGUCGGAGGUUCGUCAACAGAUUGUACCAGGCCUCAGAUUAUACCAAGUCGAUCUCCAAGUCGGGAGUCGCUCUACACAUGUUGUGAGGGCUGGGAGCUGCAGAAAAACAAGUGCAUGCCAGACGAGGAGUGUUUCUCGAUGCGGUUGGGCCAGGACUACCACGGCUUCGUGAACAAGACCAUCCGAGGUCGCAGCUGUGUGCCGUGGUCCAGCCACCGUAUCAUGCCUUAUCUAAACGUCUCGAUGGUCAUCACUCCGCUGGUCGACCAGAUACUCGCGCGGGGUGAGAGCAACUGCCGCAACCCGUGGUCGGACCGGCCCAUGCCCUGGUGCUUCGUCGAGGCACGGCCGCAUUCUGACGUCAUCACGUGGGAGUAUUGUGACGUCGGCAAGCCGAGGAAGACUUGUAAUAUGGCUAAGAACUACCGCGUCCGCUGCGGUCAAGUCACGUGUAACCGCGGUCAGAUCUGCGACGAGCAGACCCAGUCAUGCGGUUGCGAACCGGGCUACCAAGGGCCGAGAUGUGAUCGCAAGUGUGGACGGGGUCGUUAUGGUGUGAACUGCCAGGGACUGUGUGCAUGCAGUCAUCAUGAGGCUUGCCACCACGUCACUGGGACAUGCAGCUCAUCAGAGGAUGAUUCUGAUGGCGAUGAGAUGGUCAAUCCUCUACGACCAUACGACCGACUACCACCAGGUAACGGUACGGCCAUGUGCCGUUCAUCUUGUGGUGUGCUGAGCAAGAUAGGAUGCACCUGUGCGCUGGAUGGAGGAACGUGUAAAUGUCCAGGUUACGUCAUCGCCCUAUUUGUGGUUUCCAUAACAACGUGGAUAACACUCGGGGGCGUCUGUGUGGUGUGUAGCAUCCGUAGGAGGCGCUAUAAGUCUAAGAUUGAAUACAAACGCGAUUCGGAUUACUGUGAGGAAUUAGACUCGGACGAUGAGACAGAAUUGGGGGCCAAUAGCACACAACCUACAACAGUAACUACGGCAUCCGAAAUCAACAUAUCAGCAAACGAGUCCUCAUUAACACCGCCACCAUCUUUAUUACCACCGCCACCACCACCACCAGCAUCAUCACCACCAUCUUCAUCACCAUCACUACCCGUAAGACCACCAGAUGCCAGCAAGCAUCACGUCCGAUUCGCCGGUAGCAUCUCCACGCAAUUCAAACACAGCCCCCCUCAUCGAGAUCCUCCCAUUCCUGAACCAGCCGACUCGAGGAGUCUCGAAUCUUCAACCAGCAGUGACGGUUCGCAUGUGUACCUAAACGUAGACCGCGAAGACUCCAUGUAUAGCAUUGACUAUUCACAUCCUUACGAGUUUCUAACUGGCCAGGAUGGGGAGAAUGGAAUCUUAGGAGGGAACGGGGAAGAUCCACUCGAGAUGUCCCCAGAGUGUUUUUUAUUACAGUACAUGGUCCAACGACAAAUGAGGGCGCUGAACAAUGCUCCACAUGGCUAUGUGAAUGACUCCGUCGCGAAAUGGCAAGAUAGGAAUAUCAGCAAGAGAUUGUUUCCGUUUGGGCAGGUGCCGUUUCCAAUGAACUCGAACACGCCCGCAGCCGUGGUCGUCGGUGCGGCGGCUACCCGUGGUCGUAACGAAGCACGAGAGAUCCUUCAAGCCGCGUUCCGGCGAAACGGGAAACCAACAAUCAAACCUAAACCAGAUGUACUGAAACUCGUCCCCGCCAGCAAAAAGACUGGCCCACACCAAAGACUCCUCGAGAAAUCCGAGAGUUUAGAAUCGGAAAGUGAACAUAUGUUUAUCAAUGGUUGCUCGUUAACGAAUGGGACCAACAGACGGAAUAAUAAUCCCGAUUCGAGAAUUGACUCAAAUAGUAAUCCUAAAACGAUAUCGUGUCAGCAGCUUAGACCCAUCGUUAAAGAUAGAGCAGGAUCAGUUCUAAGUCCAUCAAAACUCAAAGAUGAAGACGACGAGGGCGAAGAUAUGUUAUCUCUUUCAGACGACCACAUUUAUGAGAACUCAAAAAUUAGGAAACCAUGCUACAGGGUCGCCAAAUCGCGGAGUACAGAUCAGUUGAGUUCUUGUUGAUAAACCCUUCUUUUUGCUACAUUUCAACCGUAAUCAGCAAUGAACAACAAUUUUCUCCUCCAUCUGAGGAAAUUAAGAGAAGGAUUCUAUGGAGGAAAACGUUCCAGAAAAUAAGGCCGUCAUGUUAGGGGAGGGUGUGGGAUGGAGUCAUAUCAUCUUCUUUUCAUGUUGCCUUCUUUCCCUUUUUUACCUUUCUAGGACACCUAUCCCCUGGACA